AUGGGCCCACUGAGCAGGAGGGUCUCCAGUGGGUUCUGCCCCCUGGCCUGUGUGUACAGGCUGGAUGGGAGACAGGCUUGCACAAUACAGCAACCGAGUUCUAUAGUUCAUUGUUUGGCUGUUAUCCUGGGAGCGAAUCACCCGUGGUAUGACUCUUCAACCCCAGGCCUAACGGUGACUGUGAAUGCCACCUUCGUCUAUUCGGAAGGUGUGAUUUAUAAGUCCAGUGACUGUCGGAGUAGCACCUGUGAAGGUCUCGACCUCCUCAGGACAAUUUCAAGGGAGAAGUACCUGUCAUGCAUUCUGAUUAAUCCUGAUAUUGAUUUCUUUCUUACCUCCUGGCUUAGCCUUGACACAGAUUUGAACUAUCCCAUGAUUUCAGCUGGAAGUUUUGGAUUGUCUUGUGACUACAAAGAAACUUUAACCAGGCUGAUGUCUCCAGCAAGGAAGCUGAUGUACUUCUUGGUUGACUUUUGGAAGGUCAAUGAUUUUCCAUUCAAACCUUUUUCCUGGAACACUGCCUAUGUUUUCAAGAAUAGUACGGAGUCUGAGGACUGUUUCUGGUACCUCAAUGCUCUGGAGGCUGGAGUUUCCUAUUUUUCUCAGAAACUUAGCUUCAAGGAGAUGCUGAGAGGAAAUGAGGAGUUUCAGAAUAUCUUAAUGGACCAGAACAGGAAAAGCAAUGUCAUUAUUAUGUGUGGUGCACCAGAAACCGUCCACACCCUCAAGGGUGGCCGGGCAGUGGCUGAAGACACCGUCAUUAUUCUAGUGGAUUUAUUCAAUGAUCAUUACUUCAUGGACAAUGUCACAGCCCCUGACUAUAUGAAAAAUGUUCUGGUUCUGACACUGCCUCCUGAAAAUUCUGUCUCAAAUAGCUCCUUCUCCAAGGAUUUAUCACUGGUAAAAAAUGGUUUCACUCUCGCCUACAUGAAUGGAGUCUUGCUCUUUGGACACAUGUUGAAGAUAUUUCUUCAAAAGAGAGAAGACGUUACCACCUCGAAGUUUGCUCAUGCUUUCAGGAACAUCACUUUUGAAGGGCACAUGGGUCCUGUGACUUUGGACAACUGUGGGGAUAUUGACAAUACUAUGUUUCUCCUGUACACCUCUGUGGACACCAGCAAAUACAAGGUCCUUUUGACCUAUGAUACCCGCAAAAACUAUACAAACCCGGUGGAUAAGAGCCCCACAUUCAUCUGGAAGAACCACAAACUUCCUAAUGAUAUUCCAGGCCGGGGCCCUCAAAUCCUGAUGAUCGCCGUCUUCACUCUCACAGGGACCAUAGUCCUGCUCCUGCUCAUUGCCCUCCUGGUGCUCAGAAAAUAUAAAAGAGAAUAUGCACUUCGUCAGAAAAAGUGGUCCCACAUUCCUCCUGAAAAUAUCUUUCCUCUGGAAUCCAAUGAGACCAACCACGUCAGCCUAAAGAUCGACGAUGACAGGAGGCGAGAUACCAUCCAGAGACUACGGCAGUGCAAAUACGACAAAAAGCGAGUGAUUCUAAAGGAUCUCAAGCACAACGAUGGCAAUUUCACUGAGAAACAGAAGAUAGAAUUGAACAAGUUGCUUCAGAUCGACUAUUACAACCUAACCAAGUUCUACGGCACAGUGAAGCUUGACUCCAUGAUCUUUGGGGUGAUUGAGUACUGCGAGAGAGGAUCCCUCCGGGAAGUUUUAAAUGACACAAUUUCCUAUCCUGAUGGUACAUUCAUGGAUUGGGAGUUUAAGAUCUCUGUCUUGUAUGACAUUGCUAAGGGAAUGUCCUAUCUGCACUCCAGUAAGACAGAAGUCCAUGGUCGCCUGAAAUCCACCAACUGCGUGGUGGACAGUAGGAUGGUGGUGAAGAUCACUGACUUUGGCUGUAAUUCCAUUUUAGCUCCAAAAAAAGACCUGUGGACAGCCCCGGAGCACCUACGCCGAGCCAGCGUCUCCCAGAAAGGAGAUGUGUACAGCUACGGGAUCAUCGCCCAGGAGAUCAUCCUGCGAAGAGAAACCUUCUACACCCUCAGCUGUCGGGACCAGAAGGAGAAGAUUUUCAGAGUGGAGAAUUCCAAUGGGGUGAAACCCUUCCGCCCAGAUCUAUUCCUGGAAACAGCAGAGGAAAAAGAACUGGAAGUCUAUCUGCUUGUCAAAAACUGCUGGGAGGAAGAUCCAGAAAAGAGACCAGACUUCAAGAAAAUUGAGAAUACGUUGGCCAAGAUAUUUGGCCUCUUCCAUGACCAAAAAAAUGAAAGUUAUAUGGAUACCUUGAUCCGACGUCUACAACUGUAUUCCCGAAACCUGGAACAUCUGGUGGAGGAAAGGACACAGCUGUACAAGGCAGAGAGGGACAGGGCUGACAGACUUAACUUCAUGUUGCUCCCAAGGCUGGUGGUCAAGUCUCUGAAGGAGAAAGGCAUCGUGGAGCCUGAACUGUAUGAGGAAGUUACAAUCUACUUCAGUGACAUUGUAGGAUUCACUACCAUCUGCAAGUACAGCACCCCCAUGGAAGUGGUGGACAUGCUCAACGACAUCUAUAAGAGUUUUGACCACAUUCUCGACCACCAUGACGUGUACAAGGUGGAGACCAUUGGCGAUGCCUACAUGGUGGCCAGUGGCUUGCCUAAGAGAAACGGCAACCGGCAUGCAAUAGACAUUGCCAAGAUGGCCUUGGAUAUCCUCAGCUUCAUGGGGACCUUCGAGCUGGAGCAUCUUCCCGGCCUCCCAAUAUGGAUCCGCAUUGGAAUUCACUCAGGUCCCUGUGCUGCUGGAGUUGUGGGGAUCAAGAUGCCUCGUUAUUGCCUGUUUGGAGAUACAGUCAACACAGCCUCUCGGAUGGAAUCCACUGGCCUCCCCUUGAGAAUUCAUGUGAGUGGCUCCACAAUAGCCAUCCUAAAGAGAACCGAGUGCCAGUUCCUGUAUGAAGUGAGAGGGGAAACGUACUUAAAGGGAAGAGGAACUGAGACCACCUAUUGGCUGACCGGGGUGAAGGACCAGGAGUACAACCUGCCAACCCCGCCUACCGCGGAGAAUCAACAGCGCUUGCAAGCCGAGUUUGUAGACAUGAUCGCCAGCUCUUUACAGAAGAGACAGGCCUCCGGGAUAAAGAACCGAAAACCAACCCGGGUAGCCAGCUACAAGAAAGGCACCCUGGAGUACUUGCAACUCAACACAACAGACAAGGAGAGCACCCACUUUUAAACCUCACUGAGGGCGAAGGACUCAGGCAAAUGAAGUCCAGCUGCGACCUCAAGCGCCCUGAAGCUUGCAUUUCCAGGAGACCUCAGUGGAACAGAAGAUCUUAGCUGCAACCUGCUCAGCCUCAGCUGCCCUGUCUGGAACGUAGACUUGCCUCUGUGAAUCAGAUAUGCGCUCUAGGGCCUGAUAACAGUUUCCCCAGGGAGUUUCGACCUGGGAAAGAAGAGGAAUGGAAGGUACCAUCUCAAAGCUGAGGAGAUUCUUCUUCUCAUUUCGCUUAUUUUGUUUGCCUUUUUUUUUGUUUACUGGCUUCUUUUCCUUCUGUGUUCAUGAUAAGAUGUUAAAUUGUCACAAUUGUAUUUUAAGUACUUUAUCUCCAUUAAAUUAUAUUUAACUUGUCAUUUUUGCAGAAAAGAUGCUGUAUAUGAGGCAGGAAUAAAAGUUCAAUGUUUCCUAGGUC